ACCAAAUUCAAUAUGGCGGCUUUUUCUAACAUUGCUGAACUUCUCUUUCACAUGUAAAUACCUGGUGUAACUUGAAAUUCGAUUUUAAUAGCUCGCUAUAGAUUCUUCGUCAUCUUUUUUAUUCUAUAUUUUAUGUGAAUUCGUCGAACAAAAUGUUUCCAUUGGGCUAAACGCCCCAGAUUCUCAUGGAGUGAUCAAGAUUGUUGUAGUGUGGUGUUUGGCGCACAACGUACAGUACUUGCAUUGUUCAUAUUCCCGCCACGUUGUGUCAGCUUGUGAGCGAACUAAACAGUCUUCAGUUUUUUGGGUUUGUUCGUUGAUGGAUUAUCAUGAUCCAAGCGAAGGCUCCUUUACAAAGUGAUGGUGUAAAGUACGUCGAAAUACCAAAGGGAUGGAGAAGAAUCUUGGAAAAUGGCUCUAUUCAUUACAUAAGCCCAAGUAGCAGCUAUUUAAAGUCAUAUGAGAAUAUAAUAGACUACCUGAAGAAAGAUGGUACAUGUAAGUGUGGAUUGGAUUGCCCAUUCCAUGUUCACCGCGUAUUCAACUUUGAUACAAGUGUACAGAAUAAAGAACAAAAAGACGAUUUAAUCAAUAGCGAAAGUCAUUCAUCAACAUGCAAGCUUUGUGACAGCAACUGGCAAAAUGGAAAGAGUUUUGUUGAUUCCAGGCUGUUACAAAAGCCUAUCAACCAGACAUUAAAACCAACAGCCAAAAAACCACAACAGUUUUCUUUCGAUAGCAGUCUCAACAAAAAAGUUGUAAAUCGUUCUCGUGCAAAAUUGGCUGAUGGUCCCAAGGCAAAAAAACCUAGAAAAGUGUCAAGCCCACUAUCUGACAUCCCAAGCCCUCCUCCUAUACCAAUAAGUAGUCCUGUACAAAAUGUUCCUAAUAAUCUUGGUGCUCUUAAUCAAGGGCCUCUUCCAAGUUUUGCCAGUAUUGUUAGCAGUUCUAAAUUCUUCAAUCCAGGACCAAAUAGAGGGCCACUUCAUCCUACAGGAUCAGUACCACUUCAGGGCAAUAAUAACUUUUCUUUCCCUAGAAUUCUUACUCCAGAUAUUUCAAAAAGUGUGACAGCCACAUCACCCAAUACUGGAGUAGUAAACAUUAUGACUUCAAGUGGUGCAUUCACAAGCACGGCAACAGGUUAUACAACAGCAUCCAGCACUAUAAUGACAAAGGCUGCAGCACCAAAAACAGCAGUGACCAAACCUACAACAGAUAAAAUUGCCUCAGAAAGUACUGCAGCAGUGACAAAUACUGUAAUGACAAGUUCCGUGGUGCCAAAGACUAUAUCCAGUACUGUGUCUGUGGUACAGAAUACCACUUCUCAGUCUGACAAAAAGUUGACUGUAAAGGAUACAAGUGCCAGUUCUUUGUUAAUGGCCACAUCACAAAGUACUAGUAUAUCCUGCAGUGUAUUACCAAACAUGGUUAGCAAUGCUGUUUGCUUAGUAAAAACCAUACCUACUCCAACUAUAACAAACAAUAAAACAGUUAUUAUGCCUAUAAUAAAUACACCAACAUUGCCAAGUGUAUUCGCUCCACUGGAUGGUCUACCAACUACUGAUACUGUGAAAAGCAAACCACCUCCCAAGACAAAGAGAUCUAGACCCUCAAGAGCUAAGCCCAAGCCUAAACCUGAGAUGAAGCUGGAUGACAAAUCUAAAAUGGUCAAAAUGGUUGGUAGCACUCCAGCAAUGAUGUCAUCUGGAAUCUCUACUCACCCUGUUCCCAGUCAUUGGCCAAUGACAAUUAGUCAUGUACCUUAUCAAACACCAAGUACCACAGUAGUUUCAGCUGUUAAUAGUACUUUAUCUGUUGCAAGCUCACAUACAGCAGACAACUUAUCACGUCCAGCCAUUCCACAACAAGUAGCAAUGCCAUCACCAAUUUACAUGACAACAAAUCAUUGUCAGAAACAAGGACAGACAAUGCAGAUUUCAUCGCCACCAGUACCUAACCUUCAGGUAGCACAACCUCCAUUAAAUCCGAGUAGUAGUGUUGGUAGUGAUAGUGCAACUAGUGCUCCUGUUGUUACCCCAACUAACACAUAUUCAGUAGUGGCAACACCAAGAAUUCAAGCCCCACCUGGGAUGAUGUAUGUAGCUGCAGCUCCUGGUGUUGGGAUGUUUUCACCAACAUAUCCUUACACAACUGGCACUCCACAGCUUCAGAUAACUCAAGCAUCAGUAAGCCAACAGAAUAAAACAGCUUUGACAACAACUCCUGUAGUAACUACCAGCCAACAGACAGUUACACAAGGAAUGACAACUGAGAGUGCACAAGGAAAAAUUACCUACCAAGUUCCUGGUAUGUACGUACAAGGAACAUCAGCAAAUCAAAUGUUUCCAGUAAACUCGCAAGGAUUUGGAGUUAAUCAGUACAAAGUGCCAUAUCAACUCCAGAAUGCUAUAUAUCCAAACGCUGGCAAUGCCAUGACAUUUAUAACACCCAAUGGGGCAAAGGCAACAUAUCCUGGGCUCCAAACUGUUGCUACUGGAAAUAUUGGACAGUUUGCUUAUCCUAAUCCAUACAUGUUUGGUAUUGUCAUGCCAACCACAACAACUCAACAGUCCACAUCUUCCAGUACAUCAAGUACACCRGGGACACCAACCAGUGUWACAACUUCACUUCAUAUGAUACAACCUCAAAGCAUACAAAACCCAGCRGUUGCAGCAGCAUUUGAGUCCUUUGUGCCAAUUGCRCCAGCAGCAGCUGGGGCUACACCAAGGUUUGCACAAACACUAGCUCACCUUGCCAGUGCCUAUAAUACUUUCCCUCAAGCUGGACUUGUUCAAGGAACUAACCAUUUACAGCUGGCCUACCAAAUGAUGCAAAUGAAUCCUCAUGGYAAUGGCCAACAGAUUGCAAAUCUUGGCGGAUUGGGGACUGCUGAUGCUGUAUCAAAGCAUCCAACAACUUCAUCAGGCAAACAGUGUUCAUCUGAUUCAGSCAAAGGAAGUAGCAAUACAAAGUCCAAAGCCUCAUCCAAUUCUCCAGCCUCUAAUUCACCAUCCACUCCAGUGACACAGGAUAAUGGAGGACCAUUUGCCUCCUUGAAUACCACAACCCCAUCAACAACGCCUUCAYCACAUUGUACAUCUACUASYGCUUCAGCAUUUCAGCCUCAACAAGUUGUAACGUCGGGCCACARUCAACAACUGCAGGAGAAAUUAAUAGAUUGUCCCAGUGAGAGCAAGAACACAAAAAYUCCAGACCAACAAUSUAUGGAUAAUGAUAGUGAGACUGAUGGUGAAUGGAAAGCAAAUAGCUUGUGUGUUGCUGGAGCAAAGCAAACUACCAAUGGACCCAUGACUACAGAUCAAAGUGAGUCAACGAGUCCUUCCCAUAAUAUCUCUCCAUUAUCAAAACAGAAAAAUACUACUCUGUCUGAAAUUGAUGCUUCCAAACCAUCGUCAGAGAMUGAAUCACAGAAGUAUCAAGCUGUGAAUGCUAAUAAAAGUCCUCUUAGAACUGGAAAUGUUUUUGAACAAAACACUGUGCAUCCUAUUGAAAAUUCAGGACAAGCAAAUAGUCACUUUUCAAAACAAGAAUUUCAGUCAUAUCAAAGUGCUCUUGAAACUAAAGCACCUACCAAUACAAUUGACAAUAGAGAACCUAUGAAAUCACCAAACUUUGUGGAUAAGGUGAAUUAUUAUGAAACUAACCCACUUUUAGGCAUGAAGCGGUCAUGUGAAGCUAUUGAAGUUUACCCAGACCCCCCUGAACAUCUAGAUGARGAAGAUAAAGAAGACUUUUACAGUUCAAAUGGCGAAAGCCCUGAAGGAAAUGUUGCAACAAGUGAAUGCACGUUAGACCGCAGACAUGGUGAUARCAGUAGCAUAGAAGACUCUUAUAAAGCUGGAGCAAUUCAAAAUGCUGCUAAGGGACUUCACAAUGGAGGAUGUAAUGCUGCUCAUAGUGAACAAGACACAUUUCAUGGUUCAAGUGUCAAGCCCAACAUUGCYGCUGAACCUUACCAAUCUGAUGUGUUUGGAGAUCUUMMCAURCCCAAUGUAAGACCACACUUUGAUAUWGGUGAUAUUGUAUGGGCUCAGGCUAGAGGACUUCCAUCAUGGCCUGGCAAGAUAGUAGAUGAAAAUAAAGURGGAAAAGGAAAGGCAGAUGAUGGAAAGAAAUGGGUGAUGUGGUUUGGAGACCACACUUUCAGUCAAGUCGAAGUAGAUCGUCUUAAGACUCUUAAUGAAGGACUUCGUUCAUUGGAUGACAAAACAAGAAAAAAGAAGUACAGGGCUAAAAAGACAAGAAUUAGUUUGGAACAAGCAAUCACUGAAGCUUUGGAAGAGCUAGAAAUGAGAGAACAACUGAAGGCAAGACAAGGUGUGAGAUCUAAAGGCAAGAAAAAGCGUCUGCGAUGAGUAUGGGGAACCUUAUAGUACCUGCAAUGGAUUCGCAAUAUCAGUGAAUUUGUAAAUAUAACAUGGCUGCUGUCAAUUGGAGUUUAUUUCUUUUGCAACUUGCAAUUUACAUUAUGUGGCAUAAGUGGUUUCUACAGAAAAUUUCCACWGAACAUUGCAAGCCACUAGUAAAAAUUGCAUAGUCGAGUACUUGUACAAGGAAUAGCAAGACAGAUAUUUGUUUUCACWUUGUGAGACAAAUAAAAGCUAGGAAAAAACGAAUAAAUUAUAUAUUUGUAAAUCAUUUUGUAAAGCUAGGUCAUUGGGCUAAUAAUAUUGUAGAUAUCGAUUGUGUGGAAAGUGUUUUCAACACAUUAAAAAAUGCCCAAAACUGUGCUUUGUCUAGAAAGUGAAUGUCUUAGAAGUUUGAAAUAAACUUUUUAUGCUCUUUU